GGCAGAGGCGUCAGUAGCUCAACAAACUUCGCUUCGUGCGUUUUCAUCUUUUUUCCACAAACCAUCGACAUCGUGUGAUAUCAAACCAUAGGAUUUCCACAUCAUACCAUUGAUGUCCCAGCCCAGCUUCUUCCCCCGCAAGAAUUAUCACAUCACCAACAUGAGGUAACGAAAAGAAAAAGCAACAAAAAGAAGAAGAAAAAAGAAAGAGAGAGGGGUCUCAAGCAAGAACAAACGACAGCAAGAAAAGACGGAUCUCGAUCCCAGCAGUUCGGUUCCGUGCAACCACGAAGGGCUGCUAGCUGAUUCAUGUUGGUCACUGCAAUGCAACUGCAGACCUGAUUGGAGAUGGGGGCCUCUAUCUGCAGCUUCUGUACUUUCAUUGCAGAAAACCUGUCGAUUUUUCGUAUCGUUUAUCAGCAAAAUGCGCGUGUUGGCUGCUAGCUCCACGCAUCGGGGCGAGUCCGAAAAAGAUAAUUGGACAUGGAUUCACGCAGGACAAGGCCAGGGGUGUGUUUAGUCCCCUCGUCCCCACGGCUAGUCCAACUGAAUCUCAUCAGCGUCGCAUCGUGGGGGAGGAGCAACCAUGGGUCGGAAAGGCCCGGCGGGGGGAUCAAUCCUGCGCCCUUUCCAAGCAUUCCAUUCCAGUACAACACCAGAACCCUUGACACCCAUGGCACCACUCCAGGGUCCAAUGACCACCACCUUCACAGAUAGCACAGUUGAAUAUUGGGCCAUCACCACGCUGCACACACACGCGCCAGUCUGUGCUAGGAUACCGGAUCUACGGGAAUGAUGAUAACGCCAGGUUGACCACUUGGGAAUAUUGGCAUAUCAUUUCGUGGGGAGAUAUCAAGGCAAGGGAGGAACACGAACAUAGCAGUUAUUAGUUUCCUUCCAAGGGACGGCGAGAUUGUUAUCGAAAGCCACCAACCAGAGCAAACAUGGACAGCACCAACCAGAAACCCAUCCUGAUCGUGGGCUCGGGGAUAAGCGGCCUCCUCCUGGCCCAGCACCUCCGCAAGUCGUCCAUCCCCUUCCGCCUCUACGAGCGCGACUCGGACUUGGACACCCGCGGUCUCGGCUGGGGCCUCACCCUUCAUUGGUCACUGCCCGCUGUCCGGUCUCUUCUUCCUGACGAUCUUGUCUCCCGUCUCCCAGAGGCCUAUGUCGACCGGUCCGCCGUGGAAGAAGGGCGGCCUUCGACGUUUCCCUUUUACGACCUCAGCACUGGUGAGCUGAAGGCCUCCACCCCAAACGCGGAUGAGUCUCAGCGUAUCAGAGUGAGCAGGGAUAAGUUUCGACGGUUACUGGCCACUGGGUUGGAUAUCCAAUUCGGAAAGGGCGCUACCGGCAAGUUCGAAACGGAUGAGCAGGACGGUUCGGUGAGAGUUCAUUUUGAGGAUGGGACAGUGUCGGAGGAGGGAAGUUUGGUUGUUGCUUGUGAUGGCGGGAGUUCACGGCUGAGACAGGUGCUGUUCCCCGACAGCGAAAAGUUCAAGAUUCCGGUCCGGUUGAUGGGUGUCAAGGUUGAGUGCACGCCUGGAGAGAUCGAGCCGCUGAGAAAGCUCGAUCCGUAUUUCCUCCAGGGAGCCGCGUCAGAGAAUGAUACGUUUGUUUACUUUAGCACACUCGAUGCCCCUGGAAACGGCACAGGCAGGGACACCUACACCUGCCAGAUUGUCGUCUCAUGGCCUGUUCGGGACAAUUUCUUCAACUCUGCCGCCCCGAUCACAUAUCCAGAGACGAAUCUUGACAGCAUCAAGUUGAUCAAGGCUUUUGCGUCAACAUGGGCCGAGCCGUUCCGGUCCCUCGCCAUGACAAUCCCUGAGCAGACGACCGAGGUGAAAUGCCUGGACUUGUACGACUGGCCUCCCCCAAAGGACCUUCGGACGACUGGCAAGGUUGUCCUGAUGGGAGAUGCUCUUCACCCGAUGGCCAUGUACAGAGGAGAAGGCGCCAACCACGCCAUCAUUGACGUCAAAGAGUUUGUCGACACUGUCAUCCCCCACCUCGAUGGAUCCCCGACAGACAUGAGGGUUGCACUUGACGGCUACGAAGACAAAGCGGUGGCGAGAACGAGACCCGCCGUACUUGCUUCGAGACAGGCCUGCCUGGAUGCUCACGAAUGGGAAAAGAUUGGGCCGGCGAGUCCACUUCUCAGCAAGAGGGCGAUGAACGUGGGGUUUGAUGAGGGAACCAUGAAGUUGAUUGUCUAGAACAGCACACUCCGCUGAGUUGGAUGUCGCCUCGUACAUUGCAUAGCACAAGUAAAACAAAAGAAAAGAAAAGAAAAAAAAACAAAUGGUGGGUGUCACAGUUGCAGUUUCCACAACACCGAAAUCCAACCUGUAAAAAAAUUCCCAAAAAAAAAUCCUGAUAUGUCACU